AUGACGAGGUUCUACAUAAGCUUCAACAUUGGUACUGCGACUCCAUAUUCUCACCCUCAAUAUAAGCACCCGGCAGGCCCCAUCGCCCCCCGAAACCUGGAACAUCGUGCUUGGUCCUCGCGCCGUUGCGCUUACCGAACGCUUCAACAACACCAUCGGAGUCACCUUUGGCUACGAGCCUAUCGCCGACAGAUUCUCAACUGCUUCCCCCCCCAAUCGACUGACCUCGUCCUCGACGAGUGUCGUCAAGCUCGCGCCGAUGCUACCGAUGGCGAGGUUUGGAUUCGCGGUAACUUCCAUGCCCACAGCAUCCGGUCCGAUGGCAGGUUAACCCCAGAAGAGCAAGUUUCCAACGCGAAGAAGCAAGACCUCGACCUCUUUUUCUUUACGGAACGGAACUCGCGUUCUGGUAACGAUAUGUUCGACGUUUGGGCCCCCAAGGACAAGCUCGUCGGCCACAAGUUACCUCGCGGUUCAGUCAUUGGCAGGCUAUUGGUAUCGAGCGCG